AUGGAUGGAGUAGGAGCAAGAACCGGGCAGAAAAUAGAGGAUUCACAGAGGAGCAAGAAUCGGGCAGAAAAUAUAGACACAGGCACGGAGGCUGCCUCCGCUAAUGCAGAGGCUGCCUCCGCACACGGCUUCCGCUUGUCCUCCGCACACGGGUUCUACAUUUUUCCUCAUGUUGACAGUUUGCUUGACAGCAAUGGAUUGCAGAGAGGAUCUGAGCAAUGGAAAAAUGAACAAUCUUUCCAUCAACCAACAAUGGGUGAUGGAGUUGCUUCCUUUAGUUCAGAAGAAGAGGGUCCUGGAAUAGAAGGCUUUCAAAUUAUUGGGGAGGCUAAACCAGGAUGUAAACUCUUAGGCUGUGGAUAUCCUGUACGCGGAACUUCUCUUUGGGCCACUAAUCCAGAUUAUGUAGAGACAGUUGAUGAUGUGGACAAACUUAUAGCCAUUGAAUGCAUACCAAUGAAUGAACAAGAACAACAGGGUUAUAUUACACGGCUGCACCAAGAAGAAUUCUGGUAUUAUGUGAGAUUUAGUUUAGAUGUGCUUCAAUUUAAUAUUUUUUUGUUCCUUUAA